AUGUUCACUGGAAACCCGUUCAAAGCGAUUGAGAUCGCUGAGGACGACAGCUCAAACAGUUCUGCUCCGGACACCAUAGUUGAGAUUGUUCAGGGCCAUCGAUCCGCUUUGGCCAAACCAACACCGCCUCCCAUCAAAACCAGCCGCUUCUCUAGUCUGUUCGAGAAGAACCUUGCGGGACCUUCUACCGCCUUUAUCGAUCAAGCCGGAGAGGGAGAAACUAACGCCCAAGUCCCACGAUACAAAGUUCCGCGCAACGGUCAAGGGGCUAAAAUGAGCUCCCCUAGCCCCCCAAGAGUUCCUGGGGAAACUUACCCUAAACGCUUGUUUGUUGACAACAUUCCAUAUGCUGCUAAUAAGAAAGACCUCAUUGCCUUUUUCGGCGGCUACAAUGUCGAGUCGAUCACUUGGCAAAGGAAGCCCGGCGUCACCAGUGGCCACAGCGGUGCCGGAUACGUCGUCCUUGGGUCUGAGGAAGAAGCUAAAGCUGCUGUUAACCAGUUGAACGGAACCGUCCUCAAGGGCCGAACAGUCAAAGUUGUCCGUUCAAAGGUUGCCAGUGGUGGCGGCCGAAAGUCUCAGCCAGAGUUUACAUAUGCAAGGCAACAAUCUAAGCCGUCCGGCCUUCAACCCAAGAUUCAGACCGUUGAUCCAGCUUCCUACAAUGGUAGCCCAAUCGGGCUCAUUUCGGACAGCACUUCUACCCUUCGUAAAGGUAUCUUUGACUUGGCCUGCAAGUCUAUCUGCAACGGGGGCAAGACUCCGGAUCAAAUCUUCCAAGAAGUCAACUUCAAUGAUGAGGAAAAGAUCAUGAUCCGUGACUUCUACUUUCGAUAUAAGCAGGCUCAAAAAAAAGCGCCAGAACUCUUCUCACCUAGCCCCAUGAUGGAUAUUCUUGAGCAUAGAUGCACGACUCAUGGUUUGACCCAAUGCAUGGAAUGUCAUCAAACCUUGCUCUUGCAAAAGAUUCAUCAAGAAGAAGACCAUAAGGAAAACAUUAGCUCCUUGACUCGAGCUAUGCACCAUCAUUCUUUGUCUUGGGAUUCUGGUGCCACCCUCCACGGAGGCGCCUACCAACCAGUCUCCACCCAUCGCAAUUCCAUGAUGACGGCUCCAGGCCAGCCUCUUCUCUCCGAGGCUACAGCUUAUCCACCCUUGACUGCAGCUAAUGCUCUCCGUCUUUACGGUCCCAAGUUCGUUCGUGAGAACUUUCCGCAACAAGAGCCUCCAAUUCACAACACCAUUGGCCAAGUCCCAAGAGGUGGUUUCAUGCCGGGUAGCCCGUACUCACGUCAGCAUGCCGUCGUCCCGACCCAGCCAGGUGUCAAAACUCAUUGCGCCUACUUUUUACGAACUGGUCGUUGCGAUUUCGCUCAACAAGGUUGCAAGUUUUCUCACGAACUUCCACCAGGUGGGCAGGCUGAGCUUACGCUCCCACCCGCUCGUCGAACUGUGUCUAGCCCACCCAAUUUCUUCGCCAACCACAAUCUCGGUCAGCUCGGAGGCGUCAUUUAUCCUGACGUCACUCAACAUUUGGGCCCCCUUCCUGACAUCGAUCUCAUCGAGUCUAUCGCUCCUGUCCAUGGAAUCCCACCACUCCCUAUCUCACGCGGCCCCCGUCUCACUGAGGGUGAAUUUUCCUUGGUCCCACGUGGUGGCAGUGGUGGUAUCAUCGGUGGCGCUACCAGAGCUACCCAGCCGGUCUUUAAUCGUUUCCAACCACUCGACGAUACCCCACACGUCAGCGCACGUCGCAGGUUGGCCAGCCAACCAACUCAACGCCAAAACUCUCGACCAUGGCGCGAGUCAUCCGAAACUAGGCACGAUAUCUCAUCUUGGAAGCAGGCCUCUGGGCGUCAAACCGGUCAUCAUAGCGAGACUGACGGUGCCGCUGACGACGAAGGGUCUUCUGAAGAUUUGAUCUCUUUGUCUUCUUUUAGCCAUUAG